ACAGGGACGGGUGCUCGUUUUUCGGUGCGCUUGCGGGUCUUGUUCCCGGAAAAGUGUUGGCACUAACCGCCUGGAAACUGCACAUAGGCAACCGCAAGGAAAAGUGCAGCCUGUCUGAAUGAAAGAUACACCGUGCCUGUCUUCCCUUCCAGCCACGCAGUAUUGCUCCUCCUUUCCCUGGCCUCUGUCCAUGAUAUCCGUCUCUACCCGUCGGGCCCGCCCCAGCCGACGAGGAGCAAGACUACGUCGCUCUCCCACCCUCAUGCCUACCUUCCUCCUCCUCCUGCUUGUCGCGCCCAGCGCCACUUUUCGAUUUUCGUUUGCGGCCACCAAUUUCCCGAGCGGGACGGCCACAGGAGAUGGACGCUUGGAAGUCUACAACAGUAUAAGCCGGGGUGGCUUUUUCUCGGAGACCUGGGACGUGCACCACAGCAAGAGCAAGAUGCGCGUGCGCCAGGUCCCUGGUGAUGGGUCUUGCCUUUUCCAUGCCAUUUACGUGGCGUUGGCGUACGCGACAAACGGCUCACACCCCCAGGAAGACUACGAGGCGAUGUGCAAGGCCGCAGGGGUGCUCAGACAGACAGCCUUGGAUUAUCUCUCGGACGAUCCCAGUCGAUUGUUGACCGUAACGUACAACCAGGAUAUGAAAAGCCAGGAGCUCUUGGACAUGACGAGCAAGGAAAUGGGCCUGUCGGCGGAGCAGUACCUGGUCCGCCUGCGUGACCCGAAGGAAUGGGGGGGGGGGCUAGAAAUUGUCGCCCUCGCCAACGCCCUGGAGCGUCCCAUAUUUUUGUAUGAGCUUAAGCCCGUGGGGUUGCUCUUCUGGUCAAGGCUGGCAAUCAUUUUCUAGCCCUGUUUCCUUGUGAAGAUGCUUCUACCGUUCCUACGUCCGAUAAUUCUGUUCCCGCCCCCUCUGCGGCUCCAGUAGCAUCAAGCCUCGAAAAUAGUGGGAGUCACGCAUUCGGUCGGCGCGUCUUUUUGAGGGGGCGUAUGCUAAAACGGUUGCAAGCGCGGUUUAUGUCAACCUUGUUUUUCAGAGGAAGUGGAGGGGGGGGACGGGAAAGAAGAAAGGGAGUAGGAGAGAACAAAUGGAAGAAAAGAUAGGGUCGAGAGGUUUUGGAAAUAUGCAUGAGAGAUGAGCGAAGUGUCGGGAAAGGCAGAGGCGUGUCCACGGGCUAAAUGGACUCGGGCCAGGAUGGCUCGUCUACGAGAGCAUAGGUAAAAUAGGAUUGUUGAAAAAGGUAAAGAACACUUUGUAUAACAUGUCACGUAAUUGUGUGGUAAUUGUUAAAUUUUGUACGUCUGAUGGAGUAAGCCAAAGUCACAUCUCUCUAGCCAUGAUUU